UGACAAGCAUAAACAAUUUUCUAUUUGAAAUUUUGAACUUCGUUUCUUAUAUGGCAAACCAACCUUACACGAUGUUUUUAAACGAAAAGUUUAAAGUUAUUUUCACUGUACUAUAAGAAUUUUCAAUUUUUACAAAAAUGAAAAUUCGAGAUUUAAUAAUUGACAAUAAUUUAAAAAUUGUCAGAUCACGCAGGACAAUAAUUACACAGAAAGAGGCGGAAUUAUUUUAUGAAGAACAUAAAGAAAAAUUUUUUUACAAUCGUCUUUUAACAUUUAUGUGUAGUGGUCCAUCAGAUAUUCAUAUUUUAGCAGAUCAUAAUGCUAUUGCUAAAUGGAGAAAUUUAAUGGGUCCUACAAAAGUAUAUGAGGCACAAUAUAUUGCCCCUAAUACAAUUCGAGGAAUGUUUGGUUUAUCAGAUACAAGAAAUGCCACACAUGGUUCUGAUUCGGUGAAAUCUGCUGAGAGAGAAAUAAGUAUAUUCUUUAAAAACUUUGAUUUACAAAAAUGGUAUCAAUAUGAGGAAAAAUAUUAUAAUUUAGGUCAAGUUCACUUUGAUCCAAUAGCAUUUUUACAUACUAUUGAUCAAAAAUUUAUGAACAGUAAUAAAGGACAAAUUAUAAAGUGAAUAUUGCAAAUAGAGUACCUGAUUUUUAUAAUUUAAUAGAUAUUUAAAAAUAUAGACAAAAAAAUUGUGUAUGUUAUAUUAUACAAUAUAAUUAAAUAUAAAUAGAUGUAUAUACAUAUAUACAAACAUAUAUCUUAAUAUAAAUGAUGCAAUUCAAUAUCUGACAAAGAAUUCAAAAACAAAUUCAGCAUUUCAGUUGAAAAACAGUGAAAUAAGUUUAUAUAAAUGCUAUUUGUAUCUUAUAUAUAAUGUUAUUUUUCACUUAUUCUAUACUUAAGAUUUAAAAUGAUAUUCUUAUUAAGAUUAAUAUAUAUUUAGUUUCUUCAAUUUUUUUUAGCUAUAUAUAUAUAUAUAUAUAUUAUUACAUAUGUGAGCAUUUCAAUUGGGAAAUGAUUAAAUCAAAUCUACAUUUAUAUAAACUUAUUUUGUCGCUUUCAAAUAUAAUCGCGGCAUAUUUUCUUAUCCUUUUUACUUUUAGAUAAAACUUAAUUUUAUAAAUAAAAUAUUUUAUAUCUAAAAUUUUUAAAUCACAUGUUAAAUAAAAACUUAAAAGCUUAAAAAGAAAAAAAAACAUAACUAUAUUUAUAUAUAUGACAUACCACGCGCGCGCGCGCGCGCAUACACACACACACACACAUAUAUAUCAUAUAUAUGCAUAUAUGUAUAUAUGUGUGAAAAUUAAAAACAUAAUUCAAAAAAAAAAAGGAAAUCAUUGUUAUCUAUCAGCAACUCUACCAUUUUGUUAACAUCAUUAUUCUAUGAUUGUAUUUAUAUUUAACAAUAUAAGAUACCCUUUAAUUAUAAUUGUUAAUAAAUUGAAAUUAUAUAAUAAAUUCAAAAAGUAAAA